UACUUAAACAUCAAGUAUCCAUGUUUAACUAAAAGCUGAGAAACUGCAGGAAAAACAGAAGGAGCUGCAGAUUUUGGUGGUUUGGGUGCAGCUUUGUCCCCCUGGGAGUUUGUCAGUAGUGGUUCUCAGUCAGCCAUCCUCAGAAUAACCCUGCCUUGUCUAUAUGCAGCCUGAGUUAAUCCCUAAGUCGCACACUGCUGAUGUCUCUGGCUGCUUGUCCAUGAACGUCCUGCACACAGAGAGGAGCUGCACUUUCUGACACCAUGCAUGUUUCUCACUGCAGCCUCAAAGACAGGUCCCCUCAAGAAACACAUUGAUGCAGGCUGAAUCCACUCCAUUCGUGUGUCUGUGAACAACAAGUGGCCGCGCUCAUGAGCACUGACACCGUCUUCUCGGCAGAGCUGGACUCUGAUCAAAACGGCGAGCUGGCUGAUAUGGUUGCCUCCAUGAACAUGGCAUCCAACCGCAUGACCCCACCCAACGGCUACAGGUCAGGGGCCCCGAGGUCGGCCAUCGGCAACCGAGCUUGCCUCUCUGACAGGAAGAUGUCUCUGCAGGAGAGAGGGAACCGCAUGGCUCGACAGCCAACCAUCGAGACCAAACGAGUGUCCAUUACCGACGCUGACGACUGUGUCCAGAUGAACCAGUAUAAACUAAAGAAAGAGAUUGGGAAGGGUUCAUAUGGAGUGGUGAAGCUAGCUUAUGACGAGGGCUCUGAACAGUACUAUGCAAUGAAGGUGGUGUCAAAGAAGAAGCUAAUGAGACAGUGUGGAUUCCUGCGCCGUCUGCCUCCCGCCAACCUGCAGCAGGAUGGAUACCCCAAAGGGAUGUUGCCCCUGGACAAGAUCUACAGGGAGAUCGCCAUCCUCAAGAAGUUGGAUCAUCACAAUGUUGUCAACCUAGUGGAGGUGCUUGAUGACCCUGAUGAAGAUGGACUUCACAUGGCCUUCGAGUUGAUGACAAGGGGGCCAGUGAUGGAGAUCCCAACAGACGAACCCUUAAAGGAAGGGCAGGCUCGCUUUUACUUCAGAGAUUUGGUCCUGGGAAUAGAGUACUUGCAUUACCAUAAGAUCAUCCACAGAGACAUCAAACCUUCCAACCUGCUACUGGGGGACGACGGUCACCUCAAAAUUGCAGACUUUGGUGUUAGUAAUGAAUUUGAGGGGACGGAUGACCUCCUCUCCACCACAGCAGGAACGCCGGCCUUCAUGGCCCCUGAGACAAUGACUGAGCACUUUCAAUUCUUUAGCGGAAAGGCUUUAGAUGUGUGGGCGAUGGGAGUGACACUGUACUGUUUUGUUUUUGGGAAGUGUCCUUUUUAUGAUGAGUACAUAGUUUCUUUGCACAACAAGAUCAAGAACAAACCUGUGGAGUUUCCAGAAAAACCAGAAAUAAGUGAUGAACUUAAGCAUCUUAUUGAAAGGAUGCUGGAUAAAAACCCUGCUACACGAAUCACUGUUCCUGAAAUAAAGCUCCACCCGUGGGUUACAGAGAACUCCUUAAAUCCUCUGCCCCUGGAAGAGGAGCACUGUAAGGCAGUGGAAGUGACGGAAGAGGACGUGCAAAACAGCGUCAAACUCAUCCCCAGCCUCUCCGCGGUGAUUCUUGUGAAGGCCAUGCUGAGGAAACGGUCAUUCAGUAAUCCCUUUGAGUGUCAUGCCAGGCGGGCCGAAAGGUCCAUGUCUGCCCCUGGAGGUCUUCUUACAGGUUCUUGGGGCUUACUGGGGUCUUCGCCUCUGCCUCAUCCUUCCUUGAGGAAAGUCAGCAGAGAGGGGAGCCGAGAAGGAGAGUUGGAGGACUUGUAUGAAGAUGAGUCAUGUCCAGAGAAUGCAGAAUAAACGGAUGCAUGUAAAGCUGCAGGGAACGUGCAGAGAGGCGUGUUCUGUGUCAUUCUUAAUGUCCUUUUGCCUCCUUAUUUAUUUGCUUUGUGCUUAUUCUGUUGUGAUUUUUCACUUUUGUGCAGAAGAUUUAUAAAUUAAAAUUAUAGAUGUGUUGUAUUUUGACAAGAAACGGCAUUAGAGACUUAGGCAAGAGCUCAUCCUGUCACUUCGCUUGUUUACUGUUCUGUUAACAAGCUGUUAAGACUGAAAAUUAAGGUGGAACUCAGUGCAAAUGUAAAUAUUCUCAAAAAAUAAGACAUUUUUACAUUUUCCUACGCAGUUGACAGUAAUAAAAGGUCUAAUAUUGAUCCAGACUGUUUUGUGGUUUCGCGUUACACCAAACUACAGCAUGAAUAAUAGUUGGUGGUGUUUGACACUAGAUGGCAGUAUUGUGCAUUUUUUAAAGCAAAUUUUAUUCACCUUUUAUUUGACCGUUCCAUGUUUAAAAAUGAUGAAAUUUAUAUUUUACUAACGUUUUAAGAGUUAAAAUGUAUUUAAUAGUUUAGUUUAAUUCUGUGAUACAUUCUGAUUUUGCUGAAUACAUGUGCUGUAACUUCUUAACCAGAAGAGGACAGUAGUGUUGCAAGCCAAGAUCUGAACAAGCAAAAAUCAAUUAUGAUGUUGUGAUGUUUUUUUUUAUUUUUUAUUUUUAAAUAAAAUAGAAUUAUAACAGCA